AUGGCAGAGUCGCGAGCAGUGAGAGGCUCGAUACAUCGUAGGAGCAGUGCCCUGCACGCGCCGGUUCCCAGGGAGGGGUCGGCGCAUACCUGUUGGCGGCGCCUGCCCGUCCUGUGGGUCAAGGGCGAGGAGGAAGGCAACCGGCCAGCGUCUCGGCGCCGCAGCGGCAGCGGCAGCGGCAGCGGCCACCGCUGUAACGGGCGAGCCGCCACCAGCAGCGGAGCACCUCAGCCACGGGGGACUGGCCGCCGCGCCGUGCUGCGCCUCGCCGCACAGGUGGGAAACAUCAAGGCGAGCCUCGCGGCUCUGUCUUCGCUGGGCGUGUCCGUGGACGGGGUGUCGGCGCGCGAUGUGCGGGACGGCUCCCUGAGGGCCGUGCUGGCUCUCCUGUUCGCGCUCUCGCGCUACAAGCAGCAGCAGAAGCAGCAGAGGCACGUGCAGCACCAGCACGCCGCACACGACGACAUGCCCAGGCUGCCGGCCCCAUUCAGCAAGCAGCAGCAACAGCAGGCCCACGCGCAUGCGUGCGACUAA